AUGCCAAUCGAAUCGCGCUUCUCCAUCUCGGUUCCCAACUGCUCGAUACAACAAUGGAUCUUUGGUUCACCUUCAUGCUCGCUACCAGAUAAGAAGGCUUUCAUUGAUGCUGAUCAACCUCAGCAACGCUAUUUUACCUACGAUCAAGCUCGACUGCUCGCAAAACGUAUCGCUGUUGGUCUUAUCGACCAUGGCCUCAAACCGGGCGAUCGCGUUCUUCUCUUUUCAGGCAACAGUAUCUUCUUCCCAACCCUCGUGAUGGGCGUUUGGAUGGCCGGAGGCAUCUUCACCGGAGCGAACCCUGGAUAUGUCACUCGAGAAUUGGCCCACCAGCUUCAGGAUAGUGAAGCAGCGUUCAUGAUUGCUGCCGAGAGUGUUAUGGAUGUAGCAAUGGCUGCUGCCUCACAAGUUGGUAUGAAAGCAUCACAAGUCUUUUUGUUGGACUCGACAUGGCCAGACUCGACCAUUGAGACACAGCCAAGCAAAGGGAGUAGACAUUGGACAGAACUCAUUGCGGCCAGGUCGAAGGGCGAAGGCUUCAUCUGGGAUGAGCCAAAAGAUUCCAAGAAUUCUAUCUGCACCCUCAACUAUAGCUCAGGUACAACUGGAAUACCUAAAGGUGUCGAGAUUUCGCACUACAACCACGUUGCCAACAGCCGCGGCGUCACCCUUAUGAACAGACUCAAUCCUGACUUUGAGGCUCGACGUCAACGUGCUGCUGCGCUAUGCUUCCUGCCGAUGUAUCAUGCUUUUAGUCAAGGCUACUUCAUCACCAGUUUCCCUUACGAGCGCGUUCCUGUUUACAUCAUGCCCUCUUUUGACUUCCCCAAGAUGCUUGCUCAUAUUCAAAACAUUCGAAUCACAAAACUUCUAGCUGUUCCUCCUAUCCUUGUUCUUAUGUCGAAACACCCGCUUGCACGCCGUGCCGACCUCAGCAGCAUCGACAUGAUUGCAUCUGGCGCUGCUCCACUAGCGAAGGAUACACAACGUGAGAUCGCCGGAAUGAUACCAAUGGGUGAAUCGGUCGUACGGCAGGGUUGGGGGAUGACCGAAGCGACUUGUACCGCCCUGUCGUGGGACCCUAGCAAAGCUCCUAGCUCUGCAGCCGGCGAACUGACUCCGGACUCUCGAGCUAGGCUGGUCAAUAUCGAAACUGGAGAUGAAAUAACAUCCGCGAACACCCCUGGAGAGCUAUGGAUCACAGGCCCAACAGUAAUGCGUGGCUACUGGCGCAAUUCUAUCGCAACACGCGAAGCCUUUGUUACCGACUUACACGGCACCCAAUGGCUUCGAACUGGGGACGUCGCAUAUGUGGAAGAGUACAAAAAGGGAACACUAUUUCACAUCGUGGACCGUGUCAAGGAACUGAUCAAGGUCAAGGGCAUGCAAGUUGCUCCAGCCGAGCUUGAGUCACUCUUGCUUGAGCGAGAAGACAUCGCGGAUGCCGCUGUCAUAGGGGUCACUAUCGACGGCGAGGAAUUUCCACGUGCAUAUGUUGUCAAAUCGCCAAAUGGAAAGGACACAUCCAAAGAAGAUAUCACAGACUGGCUAGCGAGUCGUGUAGCCAAAUACAAGCAACUCAGGGGUGGCUUAGUCUUUGUUGAUGCCAUUCCCAAAGUUCCUUCAGGCAAGAUUUUACGGAAGACACUUCGUGAGCGAGCAAAGCGCGAAGUUAGCAACGGCCUUGAGGUGCGCGCCAAGCUGUAG